GCUUUCGCAAAGCAAAUACACACCGCCAAUCAGCGUAGAUAGGAAACGAAAAUGUGGAUGCUAAACUGGUGUAAGUGCCUAUUUGAGCUCUCUCUGUUUCAGGCUCGACAGCGUUCGGAUCGGAUGACUAACACGGCGACACAGUCCAGGACAUUCUUGCCUCUUUAGGCCUAUGGAACAAGCACGCUAAGCUGCUCUUCUUGGGGUUGGACAACGCCGGUAAGACCACGUUGCUUCACAUGUUGAAGAACGACCGCUUGGCCACUUUGCAGCCAACUCUACACCCAACGUCGGAGGAAUUGUCCAUAGGCACGGUGCGUUUCACGACGUUUGACCUCGGUGGACAUUUACAGGCACGUAGAGUGUGGAAGGACUACUUCCCGGAGGUGAACGGCAUCGUGUUCCUCGUUGAUGCUGCUGAUCCUCAGAGAUUCGAGGAGUCCAAGGCGGAGUUGGAUGCCCUUCUGCAAAUAGACGAGUUGAAGAGCGUUCCAUUCUUGAUCUUGGGUAACAAGAUCGACUCUCCAAGAGCCGUUGGUGAAAAUGAGGUGAGAUCGGCCCUUGGAUUGUAUGGAACCACCGGCAAGAACGGUGGCCAGGUCACGGGCAGACCAAUCGAGUUGUUCAUGUGCUCUGUUGUCAUGAGACAGGGCUACGGAGAGGCCUUCAGAUGGUUGUCUCAGUACAUUUGAGCCUCUUUAGCUAAUAGGUAUAUAUUUUCACGUGUAUACACACAGUUCUUUCUUUUACUGGCUAGUUACGUGCUCUCUUGGACGAUGAUCCUUCGCUGGAUCCAGAGGAUCUCUUCUU